GGGAGGGGAGUGGCCACAUGUCUCAAACAGGUUUAUGUCUGCCUGUGAGCCAGUUUCUAGCGGGCCAUUUGCAUGUUAAAACAGGAAUACACACCCUCCAACUGCAGACAGUUUAUCAUGUUGAGACACCUCCUUGUCUUUGUCUCUUCCAGCUGGCUCACAGAAGCGGCUCCAAACACAGAAUAUAAGAUAAGAAUUUAUAGAUGGAGGAAAGAUAUUUUAGGGGCAGUCAAGAGGAAUUCUCCAACGGUCACUAUCAACAUGCCAUAAAGAAACAUUUUGGGGAGAUGGAUGCUACAGAGUUCUCCAGGCUGUCGUCGCUGGGGGGAGAAUCUUCUGCAGACGAUUUCAUCCAGCCUCAUUAUAAGGAGACCUACCGGCUGGCCAUCGAUCGACUAGUGGAUGGCGGCAGAGACACUUAUGACGAGUUCCUCAAAGACGAACGAGUGAAGAGUUUUCUCUCAGAAGAUGAACUUCUCUUUAUCACUGCUAAUGUUAAACGGCUGACACCUAAAAGUCAGACAGAAGACGUUGUCGGUUCAUCAGACGCCUCAUCAUCCUCGGGGACGUACUGGCCCAUCCACUCCGAUGUGCAAACACCAAAUUUGGAACUGGGAUGGCCAGAGAUCCUGCCUGAAAACCUUCACACAAAUAUUAAUCUGCUCUUCCAUCCGCCCAGAAUGAACAACCCGACCAUAAAAGAGGUGAUCCGGAAGUAUAUCCAGGAUGCAAAACAGGUCAUCGGCAUUGUGAUGGACGUCUUCACCGAUGUGGAUAUUUUCAAAGAAACCAUGGACGCCUCUUUACGGGGAGUUCCAGUCUACGUGCUUCUGGAUGAGCUGCAUUACAAAAGUUUCGUCAAAAUGGCUGAAGAUCAGGAAAUCAAACUACAGCAGCUCAGAAACAUGAUGGUGCGCACCGUGAAAGGCCAGGAGUACCUCUGUCGAUCCGGAGCAACAUUUCAUGGAGCAAUGGAGCAGAAGUUUCUCGUAGUUGACUGCCACACGGCAAUUUAUGGCUCAUACAGCUUCUCUUGGUCUUUCGAGAAGAUCCAUCUGAGCAUGGUUCAGGUCAUCAAGGGCCACCUUGUGAAGUCUUAUGAUGAGGAGUUUCGGACACUUUAUGCUCAGUCAACUGUUCCAGCUGACCUGAGUCCUCCGCAGGGUCUAUGUCUCAACAGCGGGCUUCAUAUCAGGCAACCUUUGUUACCAAAUUCUCAAUCUGCACCAAAACUUGGGCGGCGGGAUCAGCUGAGGUACACCUUUGAUAUGGUCAACCGUAAAACCUGUGAAAGGAGAUUUAGCACCAGAGAUUUGAAAGACGAGAGCGGCAUGCUUGGUCCGGUGAUUGAGAAUGACAUCAUGCACCGUCAGAUGCUCCAGUUUCCUCAGAUUUCUUCUGAUUCAAUGGAUUUGUUGAAAAGGCACAGCUAUGCUGGUGAGAGACAAGACGGGCAGGUCCCACUUAACAUCAGGCCCAAAGGAAGCAACUGGAACAUCUACAGAGAAAUGGGAACCGGACAAAAUAACUAUGCUGUGGAUAAUUAUCAGCAGGUUUCACAUAUGCACAGAGGUCAAAACAUGCGUCAGUCCUACAACGGCAACGACAAACAGGUCUUCUCCAUGCAGCAGAACCUACCGGCAUUAGAGGAUCGGCCAAUGGCUUAUAGGCAGAAUUGGAGUUUAGGUGCUUUCCUCAAAAACUCUGUUUCUCCAGCUUUAGAUGCUGAUGACUACUUAGACCAACACGAAACCUCAGACAAAGCAAACACUUUCAUGCAAGGAAGGAUGAGGAACUCCCUUGCUCUCAGGUCCACCAUAAUGGAACAAACAGAGCCAAAAAUACACGCAAACAUACCUGCAGCCCCCAUCUCUCCUUUGCACUACUCUUCAAUGCAGUGGAAUCCGGCAUUCAUUGAAAACAGAUUAAACUCUCAUGAUUUUACAGUAAAGAGACAAAGUCUGCAAAUUCUGGACGACUCUCAGGGUUCUCCGAGCCUCGGGCCUUGUAGAAACUCUAACCCUUAUACAUUUGCCAGCUUGGGCAGAAGUAAACAUGGACAGAUAAUCAAAACCCCUGACCUCCUGACAGACAGUUGGCACAAAAGGCACAGUUUGGCAGAGUCGCAUUCAAACACUGAGUCCACACGGGAACCCCCAACUCCCACGCAUGGACCCUACAUCAGGAAACCACUUAAUAAAAGUACAGUAGAGAUCAGUGCAACAAGUGAACGACACAGGUCAAAUCUGGGUGAAGAUCAGAGAUCCAUCUCCCACUAUGAUGUCAACAGUAACACAGACACAAAAGGCUCUUCUAAUUCUAACUGGCAGGAACCCCCAUCUAGGACGGUCUCUGCAGCAGCCCUGGUUCACAAAAACAAAGACUUGACAAACAAAUCUAACAGUACCCAGCGUCUACGAAAAAAUGAUUCCACGAAGUCUUCGAUAGACAUACCAGAGAGGAAAGGGGAGUAUUUAAAAUCCAGGGAAACAACACCGAGUCUCACUUCAGAUGAGAGCACCAGCACUAUUACUGCCGAGGAUGAGGCAGAAACUUCCAGUGCCAGAAACAGUCACCGAAGUACAACCGCUUCAGACAGGUUCUCUUCAGAACAUUCCAAAUCUCAGUCCAGAACUGAAGAACAUCUAUUGCCAUGGCAGAACUCGCUCACCAAAACCAGUGUACAGAAGAAACCCUCUUUUCGGCUGCCCAGCAGAUUAGAACAAUUCCACUCGUCUGAAAAGAAACCCUCUAUGCCCAAAAACCUGAGACGCACAAAGUCUGAGGAUAAAUCCAAAAGUGUUUCUAAGGCUGAGGCAGCUGCUGAGUAUAACCUCACCCAGGCUGCACGGGGGCAGCAAGAGAAUAAGCUGGAGAAAUUCUUCCAUAGAAUAGGAAAUUUUAUGAACAAGAACAAGUAGUUGUUGCUACUUGAGCAGGACGAAGUGUCCACAGUUCACUUGGAACUAAUGCACAUUUGACUUUUUCUUUGUGUGGUUCUGGUCUUUUGUGAUUGCAAUGUUUACAUUUGGACCUCCCCUUUUUGUUUUGCACUCAGACGGCCAGAGGACAAAAUUUCCUGAAAAAGGAGCAUAUCUUGCAAUAAUACCCACAACAGGUGCUCUUUAUAUGAUUAUAAAAUAGCUGUUCAUUUUCUUUCCCCCCCCCCCCCCCCCCCACUGGUUUAAUGUCGUAAAUUGAAAUGCCUUCAACGAUAUUUGCAGAAGGAAAUUUAUAAAGGUCAACGAUGUAAAUGCACCGUGCUGCUAUAAUUGCUGUACAUACCAGAUGUUUUUAUUAUAGGAUUAACCUGCUUGAGUGCUGCCAGGAACUCAGGUCAAAGAUAUUUUUGCUAAAGGCAUGCAAGCUUGUCACAUGAGAACAAACCCUUCUCACCUUUGUCAUUGAGUUCUGCGACAUUUUUUCCAACAAACAUGUCAUUGCAGAAGUGUUGAGAAAUGUGCACACAUUGUACUUUUGUAAUAAUUUUUGGAACAAGUUUCAGCAAGAGGGGGUGCACAUUUUAAAGUUAUUUUUUUUAAAUGCAUCCAUAAUGACAUGCACUUUUGUAAAAUAAACGGUUCUUUAUGGAAAGUGGCACGUACAGUACUGGAGCAGCACAUGGUGGAUUCAAUCAUUUCAUCUUUAUUUAAGAUCCAAAAGGCACAGGGUCCAACUUUCUGUCUAUGGUGAAAAGAUUUCUAAGUUGUCCUUUUAAUUGUUUUGUGAUGAGAAACAAAACUACUGGGUGUAUUUGUGUAUGAAUAUGCAGGGAGGUGCUCAGGGUCAGCGUACAACAGUAAACUAAUUUCUGACCUAAUUUGUAAAAUAUAUUUAUUAAUUCAGUAAAAAUUUUAUGAUGAGAUC